AUGCCUUCAGCAACUCGGGCAGCGACAGACACAAACUGGGACGUCGACUACAACACGACUCGAAAGCGCAAGAUAUUUCAGAGGCCUCCCAACGACAAAAGCGCUUAUCCUCUUUUGCAGAACGCCGUCAGACCGCAUGUCGAGUCCUUUAACGCCAUCUUCGGCGGUGGCCUUCUCGACGAAGCGCUCAAAGACAUUGGCAUUGUGACCACCGUCGACGGCAAUCAAGAUGAUCCUGUAGGACCACGGAACAAGCUACACCUCAGACUCACAGACGUGACCUUGGAAACACCUCGACUACCAGACUCGAACAAAUUCAGCACGCGAAAUCGAGAAACAUAUCCCGCAGAAUGUCGAGAAAGGCACAGCAGUUAUCGAGGGACACUGCGUGGGAAGUUACAGUGGAAGGUCAACAACAAUGAGUGGCAACAAAGCACGAGAAACCUGGGUCAAAUACCGAUCAUGGUUCGGUCGAACAGGUGCCAUCUGGAAAAUGCUACGCCGUCACAGCUAGUAUACCGGAGGGAGGACUCGGAGGAACUGGGAGGCUACUUCAUCAUCAACGGCAACGAGAAAUUGAUCAGACUGCUGAUCAUGCCCAAGAGGAACUAUCCCAUGGCCAUAUCUCGUGCUACAUUCGCGAACAGAGGUCCUACCUUCUCACAGUAUGGCGUGUCUAUUCGUUCGGUCCGGCCAGAUCAGUCCGCUCAGACCAAUGUACUGCAUUAUCUUACUGAUGGAAAUGUCACAAUGAGGUUUUCGUGGCGGAAGAACGAGUAUUUGGUCCCUGUGGUCAUGAUCCUGAAGGCCUUGGUUGAAACGAACGAUCGCGAAAUUGCAGAAGGAAUUGUCGGCACGCAGACUGGGUCGGAAAAGCCCAGCUCCUUCGUGUCUGAACGCACGGAAUUGCUCCUCAGAACAUACAAGGUCUACAACCUCAAGUCCAGGAAACAGACACUUGCUUAUCUUGGCGAGAAGUUCAAGCCUGUUCUCGGCAUACCAUUCACAAUGUCUGAUGAAAAGGCGGGCGAAGAGUUCCUGAGGAAGAUCAUUCUACCGCAUCUGGGCAACGCUGAUGUGACAGACGCUCAGAACCAGGAGAAGUUUGACCUCUUGCUGUUCAUGAUCCGCAAGGUAUAUGCUCUCGCGGCUGGAGAUUGCGCUGUCGACAAUCCGGAUGCCGUCUCCAACCACGAAGUGCUGCUCAGCGGCUUCCUUUACGGCAUGAUACUGAAAGAGAGCCUGUCAGAAUGGCUAGGACGAAUAUCCAAUUUUGCUCGGGACUGGGUGAGGGAAAAGAAUGGCAGGUCUUUCACCCACGAGGAGUUUGGCAGCAGUUUCCUGGCGAAGGUGGUACGGAAAUCCAACGAAAAUGUCGCAAAUUCGCUGGAAUACUUCAUGUCCACGGGAAAUCUCGUCAGUCCAAGUGGCCUUGAUCAGUCGCAGACAUCAGGGUUCACUAUUGUGGCUGAGAAGAUUAACUUCUAUCGCUUCAUCAGUCAUUUCCGCUGCAUACACAGAGGUGCAUUCUUCGCACAGUUGAAGACGACAACGGUCCGGAAGUUGUUGCCAGAGAGCUGGGGCUUCCUUUGCCCUGUUCAUACACCGGAUGGAGCACCUUGCGGACUACUCAACCAUCUUGCUCACCAAUGUAUCAUACCUACUGUGCGACCAGCUCUGGACAAGCUUCAGAAGACCAUUGCGGAGUUCGGUCUAGCAACAGCUCCGUCAAUGAGCAUUGAGAACAGUCUCGCGGUACAGUUGGAUGGGCGAAUACUGGGCUAUUGCAGCGCAGACCGGGCACGGGAGAUUUCGCAGCUACUGCGGCACUGGAAAGUCAAUGGUGAGCACGGCGUACCCGUCGAGCUCGAGAUCGGACAUGUGCCUACAUCAAAUGGUGGUUUGUAUCCUGGCGUCUACCUCUUUGCGCAACCCUCACGUAUGAUCCGACCUGUCAAGUACUUGUCUUCAGGAAAAUUGGACUACGUUGGGCCUUUUGAACAACAAUAUAUGAAUAUUGCAUGUCUCGAGGACGACAUUAUCAAAGACGUGACAACACACAUCGAAUAUACACCAACAAACAUCUUGUCGAUUCUCGCCAACAUGACUCCAUUUUCCGACUUCAAUCAGUCUCCCAGAAAUAUGUACCAGUGUCAGAUGAGCAAGCAAGCUAUGGGCACACCAUCCUCGAACAUGAUGUAUCGAACGGAUAACAAGGCGUAUCUUCUACAGACAGGCCAGACACCCAUCGUGCGGCCGCCGUUGUACAACGCGUACGGGCUGGAUAACUAUCCCAAUGGCAUGAAUGCGGUGGUAGCCGUCAUCUCAUAUACCGGCUACGACAUGGACGACGCUAUGAUCAUCAACAAAUCUUCCCACGAACGUGGGUUUGGCGACGGCGUCAUCUACAAGACCAAGGUGUACGACCUCGACUUCGACAAGUCGAGAGCGCAUGGGCGGAUCAACGUCAAGCACCUGUUCGGAAUCGCAGAGGGUGAUCUGAACAUGCCCGCUGAUCACAUGCUGGACGAAGAUGGACUGCCUCAGGUUGGGACCAAAGUGACUGAAGGCAGCGUUGUGCUUGGCUACCACUCGGUCAUGUUAGAUCCAAGUACGAACAAGCUGGUGAAUCUGGACGGGAAGACGGAGUUUUUCAAGUACAAAGACCAGGAGGAGGCAUACAUCGAUCAAGUACGGAUGUUGGGCUCCGAGACAGGUGACCAACCAUGCCAGAAAAUCAGCAUCAAAUACCGUAUCCCACGACGGCCAGUGAUUGGAGACAAGUUCUCGUCUCGACAUGGGCAGAAAGGUGUCUGCUCAUUUUUGUGGCCAUCGGAGAACAUGCCAUUCUCCGAGAGCGGCAUUCAGCCAGAUGUCAUCAUCAACCACAUGCGAGCUUUGCACGGAUUGGCGCAGGACUGCACUCCUUUCACGUUCAGUGAGGACAAUACAGCCGGUGACUUCUUCGGCGAGCAGUUAAGGCAAGCGGGGUACAACUUCUAUGGCAACGAGCCAAUGUACUCUGGAAUCACUGGCAAGGAGUUCGCGGCUGACAUCUACCUCGGUGUGGUUUUCUACCAGCGGUUGCGACACAUGGUGAGCGACAAGUUCCAGGUACGGACGACAGGCCCAGUGAACGCCCUCACGGGACAACCGAUAAAGGGCAGAAGUAAAGGCGGUGGUAUCCGAGUCGGAGAGAUGGAGCGUGAUUCACUUAUUGCCCACGGCUGUGCAUACUUGCUGCAGGAUCGGUUGAUGGACUGCUCUGACAAGCAGAGAGCUUGGGUUUGUCGAGACUGUGGGUCAUUCUUGUCGACGAUGAUGGUGCCGAAUCAGUUUGCACCUGGUCGAAGAGGCGGUAGGAUGGAGCCAAGCGGGAUGGUCAGAUGUCGAGCUUGUGCGAGGGAGGCAAGAUGGGAGGAUCACAAGAUGAACGUUUGGGAGGAUGGCGCCGGCAAGAGGUUCGUUGGCGGCGACAAUACGACUGUGGUCAACGUCCCUGGCGUGUUGAGGUAUCUUGACGUUGAGCUCGCAAGCAUGGGGGUGAAGACGAAGUUCACGAUCGAGAAUUGA